AUGUCUUUCAAUUCAUUAGACGGCCCGUUGCAGCAAACAGAAAUGUUCUUGCCAUUUUGCAAGCAUCAAGAUCAGGGGCCUUGUGAGUCGUGCCAACUGGCAGACAGAAUGGUGUGUAAUCUCUUCAGAAGACAACUCCCUCAAUAUACAUUCGACCAACUUGUCGGCAGCGUUAUCUCACCAACAAAGAGACCAAUGAACUCAUUCAUGAUUUUUCGUAAAGCGCUUACUCGAUAUCUUCAUGAAAUCAAUCAAGCUGGCAAACUUAUAAACGGAAAAGUGAUAAGCUUGAUAGCCACAAAGCUUUGGAAGCAGAUGGAUAGCGGACAGAAGAAAAGAUACAUUGAUCUAUCGACACGCCUGGAAGGAACCCAUAAAAGUGAGCGUAAGAGCUUACAAUAUCGUUCAAAGAAAGGUGCACAAAUUUGGAGGUGCAAUACUCCGGAAACGCUUCGACACGCAGAAACUAAAAAGAUUAGUAAAAGAAGAAAUAAAAAACAACCGAAAGGUUCAGCCAAAAAGGACGCUAAUGACAGCAAUAAUAACCCUAAAGACGCACUUAAAAACAUGCCUGAUCAUAACAACGAUUUAUGUAAUCCUUAUAUCACAGACCCAUUCCUUACGGACGAAUCUAAUCUUAUAGAUGCACCAUACUAUGAACCGACGCUGGAUAUAUUUUAUGGAUUUCAAGAUGAAUCGUGGGCAGCUUCAACUGAAUAUGACCAGUACGGCAUAAUUGACGGACUCUUUAGA